AUGAAGGAUAUUGAUUCAACGCUAGCUUCUCAUCUCCAGGAUAUUGAUGCAGCUCUAGCUCCUCAUCUUCAGGAUGUGGAUUCAACUCUAGCUCCUCAUCUCCAGGAUAUGAAUUUAACUCUAGCUCCUCAUCUCCAGGAUAUUGAUGCAGCUCUAGCUCCUCAUCUCCAGGAUAUUGAUUCAGCUCUAGCUCCUCAUCUCCAGGAUAUUGAUUCAGCUCUAGCUCCUCAUCUCCAGGAUAUUGAUUCAACUCUAGCUCCUCAUCUCCAGGAUAUUGAUGCAGCUCUAGCUCCUCAUCUUCAGGAUAUUGAUUCAGCUCUAGCUCCUCAUCUCCAGGCUAUUGAUUCAGCUCUAGCUCCUCAUCUCCAGGAUACUGAUGCAGCUUUAGCUCCUCAUCUCCAGGAUAUUGAUUCAGCUCUAGCUCCUCAUCUUCAGGAUAUGGAUUCAGCUCUAGCUCCUCAUCUCCAGGAUAUGGAUUCAAAGAGAUUGUCUCAUCUCAAUCAAAAGUUACCAAUUCACAUCACUUUCUAUUUUCCUAAACUUUAA